GGGGGUUGAGAAUGUGUAGGGGGGGUAAGGUAAAGACGAAGAUGGUGCAAUGCAAGAGGAGAAGGUGACAUUGAGCAUGAGCAUGAGCAUGAGCAUGAGCAUGAACAGAGGGAUGAUGGUUCACUGCAACAACAAUAACAAUGUCAACAACACUAAUAAUGUGUGCAACUGCAAGCACUCUCCCUCCGCCACCUUAGACCUUCUCAUCCUCCUCCUAGUCCUCUUCUCCGGCGCGUUCCUCCUCUCCUCCUACCUCUGCUACAUCUUCAACUCCCUCUCCCUCCUCCUCCCCUCGGUGCCGCUCUCCUACCUCCUCCCCUUCCUCCUCUUCUUCGCCCUCUCCCUCGCCACCGCCGACUUCUGCUGCGGCGCCCGAUCCCGCCGCUGCCAGCGCCAGGGCUGCAAGGGCCUCAAGAAGGCCAUGGAGUUCGAUUUGCAGAUUCAGCGCUUCGGCUCCUCCGUGCCUUCCUCCGCCGAAAUCGAUAAGCUCCCCUGGAAGGGCGGCACUGAGGCCAACCCCGAUUACGACUGCCUCAGGUCCGAGCUGAGGAAGAUGGCUCCCCCUAACGGCCGCGCGCUUCUUCUCUUCCGGGCCCCCUGCGGCUGCCCCGUCGCCAAACUCGAGGCCUCUGGUCCCAAAAAGGCCAAACGCCAUAAGAGGACCCCACCCAGUGCGACUCUUAAUGGAGGAGGAGAUCAUCGUUGAUUGACUGUGAUGUUACCACCGCUGGCAUCUCAUUUAUAUUAUUCUCAUCAUUUACUGCAAAACUUCUGAUCAGAACCAUUUUUUUUAAGAAAAAUAGCAAUCUGGUCUUAACAAUCCUUCCUUAUAUAUCUGCACUAUCUAGUAGUCUAUAUAAACUUUGGAAGGAUCCUACAGAAUUAACUGCAAUAAAUAUGUGAUUCAUCAUCGACCCA